CAUCUAGUGAAUACUUAAUUUUAUGUACGUAAAAACAAAACACUCAUGACAUCUAUGCUCUGAUGAUACGACACGUUUAGAAAUCCAUGCCUGUUAUUCAUAGUUGAUGCUGCUACUUUGUUUUAUAAUGAUGGAUUAUUUAGCGUUCAGAAUUAUGCAAUGGGAUAAUGCUUUCCUGAGAUGAGUUGAGAAUUAUGAAAUUGUACGCUAGUUUUUACCAGUGGCUAUACCCAAAUGCAGGUACAUCCAAAUGUUCCUUGCAUGCUCUUUACACCAAUUUGCCCACAUUCUCUCUCAUUCAGACCUGUCAUACUUCCUGAUUCUGCGCGGCUAGAAUUAAAGAUUCCAGAGGAUGCACGAAGUAAUGCUUGGGUCUCGUUUGAUGGGAAGAGAAGGCAACAACUCUCUAGAGGCGAUUCAGUUCGCAUAUCUAUGAGUCAACAUCCACUUCCAACUGUCAACAAGUCCGACCAAACAGGUGAUUGGUUUCGAAGCUUGAUUCGUUGCUUUGACUGGAAUGAAAGAUUAGAUCAGAAAGCUCUUUGACUGCUGAAAGUGCUAUUGUUCAUUUGUCUGCAAAGAUGUAUAUUACUGUACAGUAAUGAGUUAGAAGUUUAAGUGUUACUUGGGUCAGAAAAAGUAUAUGAGAUAUUCCCCUGGCUGCCACGGCAGUUACAGCGCAGCACUUGUAUGGUUGCCUUCUUU